AUGAGGACGACGUGGUCGGCUGCUGUGCUGGCCCUCGGCGCGCUCAUGGGAUUCGCGACGACUGUCGGCGCGAGCACGACGGGGCAGGCGAUUUGCAACGACAUCAUCUGCAUCACGGCGCUCCGCGACUCGGUCUCCAACACGGACAACUACACGCUGACGCCGAGUGCGGCGCGGGCAAGCGAGCAUGUCGGGUGGCUUGCGAUUGGCUUUGGAGCCUACAUGCCCCACACGCCGCUCGUCAUCGUCUGGCCCAACUCUGACGGCAGCCUGACGCUGUCGCAGCGCGAGGCGAGCGACCAUGUGAUGCCUACGAGAGUGACCUCGCCGGCAAGAAUAGCCACGCUCGACACUGCCGCGUCCUUCUCCAACAGCACCUCCUCCUUCACAUUCUCCGUCCCAACGACCGACGCCGCCCAGAACGAAACCACCAUCAUCUGGGCCGUGUCCCAGGCGAACCCGGGCAGCAGCGACGCCGACGCCAUGCUGGUCAAGCACACGUGGUCCGGCCCGACGCAGGUAUCGAUGCUUGCGCCGUGGGCUGGGCGCACGAUCAUGCAGGGCGGGCAGGGCGUGUGGACCAAGACGACCAAGAUGAACGGCCGGCCGACGUUUGCGCUGAUCGCGCACGUCACAUGCGGCGUGCUUGCCACUUUGCUCGUGCUCCCCGGCGGCGUCGUCGUGCCCCGCAUUACGCGCGGCCUGACAACCACGCGCUGGUGGUUCCGCUUCCACGCCGUCAACCAGGGCCUGUUCGCCGUCGCGCUCAUCGCCGUCGCGUUCGGCCUCGCCAUGAGCUUUGGCGGCAAGAUUGACUCGAACCACCGCAAGUGUGGCGUCGCGCUGUUUUCUCUGGCGGUCCUCCAAACCCUGCUUGGGCUCGUCGCACACUUCUACCGCCCCGGAUACCGCGUGCGCCCGUACACGUUCGAGACGAAGCGCGGCCGCGGACCCAGCAACUUCAUCCACGUCGCCGUCGGCAUCGUCAUCGUGUGCGUCGGCUGGGCGACGAGCUGGUACGGCUUCACGUCCGAGUGGACGUACCGGGGCCACGGGCCGACGCCGUACGGCCUCCGGAUCGGAUGGGGCGUGAUCGUCGCGCUGUGGCUCACGGCGUACGUCUUUGGCAUCAUCUUCUUCCUGCCGCGCCAGCUGCGCAUCGAGAGCGCAGACAGACAGGCCAUGCUGCGCGAGGAGAGCAAGCAUUUCCGCAGCUCGGCCGUGGCCCUCGCGCACGGGUUCCACAUGGAGCCCCCGCGCGUCAACGCCAUCACGCCGACGCCGCCCCCGCCCGCGCUGUCGCCGUCGCCCAAGACGCCGCGGCGCAACCGCAAGACGGAGGAAGACGACUACAGCAUCAACGGCCACGACAGCAUCACGUCCCCCAUGCCUGAGAGUCUGGCCUUUACGCACGGCAGCCCGACGAGCACGAUGAGCGGCUUCCCGCGCUCGCCGGACCCGUCGGCGGACGGGCACAGCGCCUACUUCCCCAACCCGCCCAAGCCGAAGGGCGAGUCAAUCUACGACCAGUUCAUGAACCGCAGCGCGCCGACCGUGCAGGCCCCCGCCCCGCCCGUCCCUUCGCGGCCUGAAGGCCUAGACGGCAACCCGUUCGACGAUACCCCCAACCCCGUGCAGACUAUGACCAUGCCGCUGAGCAUCAAGAAGGGCGGCGGCGCCGGCAAGCGCUGGUGA